UUGAAAUCGUCGUCGUCGUCGUCUCAAACACAAUCUUCGUCGUAUGUGAUUGGUAAAAAUAGAAACGCCGCCACCGUUUUAUGCAAACCAACAACAACAACGUCGUCGUCAGAUUAUUCAAACAAUUUUUCUGUUAAUAACAAAGCAAAAGUAAAUUAUUCGGGCGCACCGCGAACCAGCGAAAAUUUGAAUUUAUUGAAUUGUUUCGCGAACGCCUCCUACAACAAUAAUCGCCGUGAUUCACGGUCGUCAUCUGUGUGUCUCGAGCCAACCGAAGACGACGACGAAGCAGCAGAUGUUUCAUUACGUAAAAGCGAUUCGCGCAAAAGUUUAAUCGCCCGCAAUGAUUCGCAACGUUCCGAAUCCCGGAUCGCGUAUCGUGGUCACUUGAACAAAUCUUUCAAGAAACCCUCGAGUUACGAAGAACAAAUCCCGAAUCUCGCGGAAAACUUAAAUUUCAUCGAUUGUUCGUCAUCUGGCGAUGUUUCGCUUCGCAGCGAUGACGACUCGUCCAACAAUUCGCAAAAGCAGAAAAGAUCAUUUCUUCAUACAAUUCCGACCGUUAGCCCGCUUCUAACAACUCUCACGGAAAAUACGCAAAAUAAUAUCGACUUUAAUAAAAAUCAAAAUAAUAAUCAAAAUCUUAAACUGAAAGAAUUCUACGAGCAAAAAACAUUGAACACCGCCGCCGAUCUCCAUAAAUUCAAAUCAAACUCGAAUAAUAUUAAUCAGCGUUACAAGACAAUUGCCGCGAGUGAAUAUGCGAACAACUGGAAUCCGAAUGAGAAUUACCCAAAUAAUAAUAAUAAUUUUUAUGAGACGACAAAGAAUCUCGUGAAUAGUGAAAAGUCGAAUAAUAAAGUGAUCAAUAAUAAGAAUUUUAACGGAGACACGAAAAUUUCGCAAACAGUGCCGCGGAACAUAAAUACGAAUAAAAAUUUAAAGUAUUAUCAGUCGCAGCAAAUUAAUGGUAGUAGUGAAAAAUUGCAGAAUAAUCAGAUUUAUAGCAAUUGUCAGGCACUUACGAAAAGUCAACAGGAUAUUCAGAAACAGAAUUUAAUGAUGGAACGUCGUCGUACGUUGGACAAAUUGCAUCGUUUGGGAUUCGGAAAACGUUCAGCAUCAACAGAAGUUAAGCCUUCAUCGAAAGCUGAAAAGUUGCGUGAACUCACAGAAUUACUAAAAGGCUCACGAGGGUCUUCUUCAUCAUCAUCAACGCCUGUUCCAACAAAUUCUGCCAUUCCUGCUCCUCCUCCUUUACCUCCGCCAUUACCUCCUCCAGUGCCUUUACGAAAUAAGAGAAAAUCAAAAACUUUCCUCUUACGAUCGCAGCAAUCCACAGACAGCGAACACUCUGAAUCGAUUUCGUCACUUCCGCCAAUCGAUUCUGAACCCCUAAUUAGCGUAAGUAGUCCCGCCUUGGAAAUGCACAGUUCUGGAACGAUUUCUCCGAAUAGUAUACCUUCGCCAAUCGUUGGAUCUCCUCCCGAUACGAAACAACAAACGCUUCGCCCGAAUUCGAGUACAUCGAAUUUGGAAGCUGCUCGAAGUAAAAACGAGUUGUAUGACCCGAAUGCGAGUAAAAGCACAAAUUACUUAGAUGACGAGGAUUUCUUGACGAAACUAACAAGACCUGAAGCUCGUCAAAUCAUCGGAUCGUAUACGCAAUCAACAAUUCCCUUUAGAAGCGCGUCAUUUUCUCAAGCAGACUAUCAGGCUUACAAAUAUCGCAAAGAUGCGAAAAGUUCCUUAGAUUUAGAAAAUGCGAAAAAAUCUAUCGAUAAAAGUACCGACACAAACCGAUAUCCGGAAAAGUCAGAACUGAACUUAAGUUUAGGCGAAAAUGGAAGAUUAACAGAAAAUGUUCCUCACUUAGAGGUUGAAGUUGCUACAGAUGCUCUUGAAGCAGGAUCAAAGCGGAAUUCUGACAUAGAAACUAUCGUAGAAGAUCACGAAGAAACCCAAGUCGAAUCAAAGCCAAAAGAUCUGAAGAUUGUACAAGCUUCUGAAGUUGAACUCGAACCUCUGAUGGAAGAAGAAGCUCCUCUUACGCCAACCAUGAAGUCAGAAGAACAAAAAGCUAACACAUGUGUAAUUCCAAUUCCAGUUUAUGAUACCGUAGUUAAGGAAUGGAGCACAACAAGUCCCUCAGAACAAUGGAUAGGCGAACAAGAACUUCAAAAAAUUGAACAUCCUGAACUUACCAAAGGAAUGUCUAUUGAAAGUAAAUGUUGUGAGAUUGAAAGCGAUAACAUUCUCGACGUUUGUCAAAACCCAGAAGGAAAGAUCGAGGAUCAUAUAGAGAGCUUUGAUACAAAAGAAUCCGUCAAAGAUCCUUUGGAAAUUUCCGAAUCUUCAAAACCUGAAGUUGUCAAGGAAGAUGAACUUGUUGAACUGAGAAACUCAAUACCUGAUUUAGGUCAAGUUGAGGUUAGAAAACGUCACAGUAACAAUGAUGGAAACUAUCAAGUAAGUGAUAGUGGUCCAAACUCCCCUCUUCUCUCUCCAACUGAAGAGAAACGUCGAAUUGAUAAAUCAAAACGUCGCAAGGGAAUCUACAUUCAAUGGCCUGCGAUAGAAAAUGCUCAAGAAGCAAGUUUUGAUAGUUCUACAUCGAAUGCUGGAGAUGCGACACCUCCAUGGCAAUGUAGCAUCACCCCUGAAGUAUUUGAAACGGGAGAACUUGAAUCAGAUUUAAAUAAAAUUAAAAUCAUCAACGAAUUAGAGAAGGAUUCUUCUUCAGCAAAAGAAACCUUGCAAGUUCCUGAAGGUCAGGAAAGUCAACCAAAAAAUGAGGCUUCAGAUUCAAAUCCUUCAGGAAAUGUUCAACGAGGUAGUUUAACUUAUCAAAGCUCGGAUGAACGUGAUGAUUCAUUAUUGUCUACGCAUCCUUUGAGACAAUUCAAGAACCUGUUCAUUCGAGGAGAUUCAGUGUCAGAUAAUGAAUGUGAUCGUUCCCAUGAACGUACGAGCGCAAGUCCUGCGCCUCAUUCAGGCGAUGCUGAUUUGAAACGUUACUCAAAAAGACCUUUAAGAGGACCUUAUGGGCAAAUGUUGGAAGCUGAAAUGAAAAAACCUUCUCCUAAAGUUCAUUACGAAGAACUUUUGGAAGAACUCAAUCGAAAAGUUGAAAGUUUAACUCCAAUGCGUUCAAGAGGCGUCAGUAGUCUCUCUUUCGACGAAAGCAUCCCUCAAGGUCAAAGUAAAAUGAAAAAUCGCAAAUCCAAUACUCUACUUCCGGUUCCUUCUCAUACACGCACUGCCUCGAGCCCAUCGCAACUAUUAGAAAUUACCCAAAGAAGUCCGUCGCCAAUUCCGCAUACGCGAACGGAUUCUACCGCGGAAAAGCCUUCCACGAAAAAGCUUUCUUUGGAUUGCCAUCACGCGAAUUUAGAAACAGGAAAUAAGCCGAAACGUGCUUCGUCUGACACCACAGAUAAACAUUCGAAACGAAGCUCUUCCAGUGCCAGCGAUAAAUCCGACAAACAUGGUCGUUAUUCUAGUCGAACGCCAUCCGAACGUAGUUUCAUUUUGCACACGCCCGAAACUCCCAAAGGUCCCGUUCCAAGUCCGGAGCUACUUGCUGAACUGCUGAAAGGUUCAAGCGAGAAACUCACGACGGAACAACAUCAACGCAGUAGUCGAGGCGCCAACGCACAAAAUAAUCAACCACCUGCAUCGGGAGACUAUGGAUGCGAUUUGCCGCCGGCGAUCGUAAAAUGUUUGAACGUUUCUGAUGCUGAUCAAAGAAUUCACGUUGUGAUAGAACUAUAUCAUACCGAGCAGAAUUAUGUUGAAUCGUUACAAACGAUAGUUAUGAAAUACAUGAACCCCUUAAAAUCGCCCGAAAAUUCCGGAAUUAUCGAUGCCAAUUUAGUAGACGAGAUAUUUUUCAUGAUACCCUCUAUUCUAAAAAUACACGAGCGCUUCCUUGACGAAUUAAAAUGUCGCUUUGAAACGUGGGAUCCCAUGCAAAAAGUUGGCGAUGCAUUUAUUGAAGUCUUUUCUGAUCCUUCGAUAUUGGAAACCUACACUUCGUUCAUCAAUAACUCACCGAAAGCGAAAAAUGCAAUACGAACCGCUUGCUCACAACGGCCUCAAUUCGCUCGAUUUUUGGCAGCGAAUGCACGCGAACACAAACGUAAGCUAACGUUGGAUCAUCUUCUCAUCACGCCAGUACAAAAAUUUCCAUGGUAUGAAUUAAUUUUCGCAAGACUGAUAAAACAUACGGAUCUGGAGCAUCCAGAUCAGAAAUCGCUUCAAGAAGCGUCAAAGCUCGUCCAUAAUAUUCUUCUUCAUAUAAAUUGUAUGGAGAAAGAGGCGCUGGAAAAUGGACAUCGUGAAGCGACAUUGAAGGAUUUAGAGAGUGUGAUAGAAGGCAUCAAUGACUUGGUAACGCCUGAUCGUGCAUUCUUGUUGUUUGAUUUAGUGACGAUGCCAUUUGGUCAAGCGACGCGUAAGGAACGUGGAUUCUUUCUAUUUAGCGAUUUGUUGGUGAUAACGAGCAUCAAGAGACGCAGCGGAACUAUCAGGAAGCCUGUAAGUUGUCCGGUUAGCGUUGCCAUUACUUUAGACACGCACAAAUAUAAGCUACUGACUAAAAUAGCACUUGACGACUUGGAAAUUGUGAAAUCUAAAGAUGAAAACGUUCGCCGUAUCAUGAAAGAAAUCGAGCAAUUAACGGAAGACUGUAACAAAUUGCAACAAAUAUCCGAACUCACAGUCAGUUUACGAUGCCCACAUCAAGUCUUGGAAGACACAAUUCGUGACUUGCAACGUGAAAUUCAACGCCAAUUAAACGAUCGCCAAUCCAAUGACUCGCAAUUGAGUCAACUUGAGUUAACAUUGAACUCUCCAACGGGUGCUCAAACGAUGACUGUGGUAUUUUCCAAGCCGGAAAAACGAACGCAAUGGGAAGAAUCGUUCACGGAGGCGAAACAAAAGCUCGCAACGAGUGUCGAAAAGCAUCCCACGCCGGAAUUCAUCUCUUCUGUGCCAAUCAGGAAGACAAGAGCUGGUCUCCAAUUCACAUGUGCUUCGCCAACGCUCGGCGGGCAAAAAGACGUUUGGGUUUGCAAUAGCGACGGAUAUGUCGGACAGGUUUGUGUGUUAAGUUUACUACCAGAGCCUACAGUGACAAGUUGCAAUGGUGUUUGCAAUUCUAGAAUAUUGUGUGUCGCAUCUGUGCCAGCUAGUAUAGAAAAUCAAAGAAAUAGUCAUCAUAGUACGUCGAGUCCCGCUGUUAGCAUAUCUCUCGACGAUUCGACGCCCCAAACGCAGCAAAACACCAAAAACCCACAAAAUAAAGUCGAUGAAGACGACGACAGUAGCAACGUUCGUCUCGAGUCAUCCUCCUCGAGUGACGAUUCCGAAGGAGAAACGCCAUCUUGUGAUAAAUCUGUCGCUGCGACGCCUCCAUCAGCGCCAUCUGUCGUCGAAACGCCAAUUUUAGUGCCGCAACAUCAACAGCAAGACUCGCUGGGCUCCAAUACGGGCGACGACACGGAAAAUAAUCACAAUCAGAGCACAAUGUGGCUCGGAACGGAAGAUGGAUGCAUUCACGUGUACAAUUGCACCGACAAUAUUCGCAUCAAAAAGAACAAAAUUAAGAUUCAACAUGUUUCUGCUGUUUAUUCGAUUCUCUAUUUGGACAACAGAGUCUUUGUGUCGCUCGCCAAUGGAGAUAUUUUGGUUUAUACGCGCGACAUGAACGGAUGGAAUACGCAAUCGCCGCUGCAUAUCUCCGUUGGGACAGUUACGGAGCCUGUGACGAAGUUACUUAAUGUCUUGGGGAAGCUUUGGUGCUCGAUACAGGGAAUUAUUAAGAUUUUGAAUACGAGUUCGUUGCAGGUUGAAAAUCAAAUCCAAAUUUCGAAUGAGUCGAAGCCGAUUACGAACAUGGCAGCUUUGAGUAAUUGUGUGUGGGUUUCCAUACAAAAUUCAGCUCACAUCAAGUGUUUCCAUUCCACAAGUUACGAACUCCUUUUCGAAGUAAAUCUCGCGCCAUCCGUCAACAAAAUGCUCUCCAAUUGCGACGACAUCAUCCGACAACACAAAGCGGCAUGUCUCCGCGUUACCUCGUUACUCGCUUGCAAAGACUUGAUAUGGGUUGGCACGAGUGCUGGCGUAUUACUUACCAUCCCAGCGCAAGGAUUGACUCAAGGAUCAGCUAUUCCUCCAGUAACUGGCAUUCCACACGGGCACACAGGCCACGUGCGUUUCCUCACAACUGUCGAAACGAGCACCCAAAGUGACGAAAAACCCAAUCGCUUAUCGAUUCACGGCAAAAACAAGCCAGAAAUGUACGGAAAGACGCUCGUUAUUUCGGGCGGCGAUGGUUACGAGGACUUCCGAAGCAGCGGCAACAACACAAUGAGCGAAAUUGCGGGACGAGAAGACAGCACGAAUCAUCUUCUUUUGUGGGAAGUCUGAAAAAAUAACUAAAUAAAAAUGGAAUUGACAAAAAAAAAUAUUUUUAAGAAAAAUCCUUUCACCUUUGUGGACCAGAUGUUGACCAUCAGGAGUUAUUUACUUAAAAAAAAUAUUUAAAUGAAAAAUUUGCCUUGAUGUAAUUUUACAAAAAAAAAAAGAUGUGUCAUAUUUUAAGAAAAAAAAAGUUAAAAAUGCCCAUAAGCCAUAUUUACUUAAGAAAAUUUUGGAAAA